UCUCUCUCUCUCUCUCCUGACCUCCUUUUGUCCUCCCUUUCUGGGGAGCCUGGGCGCAGGUGUGGGGCAGUGGUCCUGCUUGCGAGGCAUGACAUCACUGGUCCAGGCUGCAGGAGCCCCGGGAGGAGGCUGAGAAGGAGGCAGGCCAUGGAGAGGCUCCGGAUGCUGCAGCAGAAGCAGCAGCGGAGAGCCCCAAGGAGACCCGGCGCAGCCCCAGCCCCAGCCUCCCUGCUGCUGGGCUGCUGCUGAGGCUGGCCCUCCCCCGAUGGUGCCCGGCGGCUGCGGGGAGCGAGGGGAGCCCCGGCGCAGCAUGCCCUGGGCAGUGGGCAUCGCCUCUCCCCGCUCUUGCGUGGCGGAUCUCAGCCGGAACCAGAGCCUCCUCUGGUGGUGCUCCCAGGAGGAGCCCUUCUCCUUCUAUGGGGAGGUGGUGGCCUUCCCCCUCCCCGAAGACUACGCCGGGGCCAUGGCUGGGCUGGGCUCCGACUCCUGGUGGAAGAAGACCCUCUACCUGACUGGGGGGGCCCUCCUGGCCGCAGCCGCCUACCUCCUCCACGAGCUCCUGGCCAUCAGGAAGGAGCAAGAGAUUGAUUCAAAAGAUGCUAUAAUACUGCAUCAGUUUUCACGGCCAAAUAAUGGUAUCCCCAGUUUAUCUCCUUUCUGUUUGAAAAUGGAGACCUACUUGAGGAUGGCUGAUUUGCCCUACCAGAGCUACUUUGAUGGGAAACUUUCCCCUCAAGGGAAAAUGCCAUGGAUUGAAUACAAUAGCAAAAAGGUGUCUGGUACAGAGUUCAUCAUUGAUUUUUUGGAAGAAAAACUUGGAGUGAAUUUAAACAAGCACCUUGGUCCACACGAGAGAGCUGUUUCUAGAGCAGUGACAAAAAUGGUGGAGGAGCACUUCUACUGGACCUUGGCAUAUUGUCAAUGGGUGGACAAUCUCCAUGAGACUCAGAAGAUGCUUUCGCUCAGUGGCCCCUUCAGUGACUUGCUGAAGUGGAUUUUGUGCCAUAUAACCAAAGGAAUUGUAAAGCGUGAAAUGUACGGACAUGGCAUAGGCCGCUUCUCUGAGGAAGAGAUAUACAUGCUGAUGGAGAAGGAUAUGCGUUCUCUAGCUGGUCUUCUGGGUGAUAAAAAGUACAUCAUGGGACCUAAACUUUCAACUUUAGAUGCCACUGUCUUUGGGCAUCUUGCACAGGCAAUGUGGACAUUGCCAGGAACUAGACCUGAGAGGCUAAUUAAAGGAGAAUUGAUUAAUCUUGCUAUGUACUGUGAGAGAAUAAGGAGGAAAUUUUGGCCAGAGUGGCACCAUGAUGAUGACAACACUUUGUAUGAGUCGGAAGAAAGCAGUGAAGCAAGUAAGACACAACCUUUGCAGGACUUCAGCUUUUACUCAAGGACAGAAACAUUUGAUGAUGAAGGAACUGAGAACAGUUUUUCCCGAACCCCUGAUACUGAUUACACGGGACAUUCCCUCUUUGAUUCUGAUGUGGACAUGGAUGACUACACAGACCAUGAACAAUGCAAAUGAUGUGUCUGAGAGAGAUUUCUCCAUCUUGUGUCAGAAACACCGUUGCCUUUUGGGGAUCAUGUCAACUGCGUCAGGUUCAAAAGAGGCACGAGAUGUGUGGAGAGAGACACUUGUUCCUGAUACUGUUUUCAUGUGCUAUCUGGACCUUUUCAGUGUUUUUUUGUUUUGGGGAAGCAUUCCAAUGGAUCCUAGAUAGACAAUUUUUAAUUCCACUCAAGAAGCUGGAGAAAAGUUGACAAGGAAGGUAAUGGGGGUAGGAGAAUGGGGUUUUGCAUUAAAAGAAGAUUACGAUAAUGGUGAAGAUAGUGAGAUGGAGAGGAACGUUAUGAAGAUGGCUAGUUGAAGAGUGAUGUCCUCCAUCUUCCCAGAAACAGACUGAAGAAAACUAAAAAAAGAGUGCAGUCCUUAGGCUCAUACAAGACAGAACUGCUCAGAUGUGCUCAAAACACCAAGGAAUUACAAAAUUUUCUUUCCCUCCAUGUAUUUUCACACUCUGGGUGUGGCAAGUGACUGUUUGCUUUUUGUGUAUGGAGAAGGUUUGAGAAACAUAUAGCCUCCAGUUUCAUGGAGAAAGAGCCAACAAUGAUUAAAAAACACUAGGGUGAGGUUUUUUGGUGUGUGUGUAUGUCCGUGUGCCUAUUCAGAAUUCAGCCAUUGCUUGAUGUGAUCUGAUAAAUGUAUAUAAAAAUGUUUAACUUAUUUUGGAAAUAUUUUUUAAAAGUGACAGUGCACCAAAUUUGAUAUUUAGCCUGUUUAUAAAGUCUGCUGACACAUAAUGGGGUGACCAAGAAACUGAAUCUAGGAUCCAGUUGUGCAGUUGAAAUAAUGAAUUGAAAAGGAGACGUGAUUUUCAAUGUUUAGAUUGAUUGGGGCCAUCAGGAGAUAGGAAAUGUUUUAGCUUCCACCCCAAUAGUUAAAUCUGUUACAUAUAAAGUUUGCUCCCUAUUAUACCACUGAAAUGGGGUGGCUUCUUUCAUACUUCCUGCAGUGACCUGUGUCUUCUCUCUCUUGUCCUUCCAAUAUAUAGGUUUUCUUGCACAUGUGUGUGCACUUGCACAUGUGCACACACAUACUCACACUUAUCCCAAGCUAUAAUAAUGUCAGGCUUUCUGCUAGUGUCUAGUAAGCUGCACAAGAGAGUUUGUCCACUGAUUAAAUGAAGCAUAGAACAUAAAUCUUUGUAAGAUACAAUUGCAUCAAAGCUUGAUAAAGUUACUUUUUAAUAACAGCACUUGGAAUCCUACUGGGGAUGCAGAAAGUUGUUGUAAGAAAAGUAGUUUUUCCAAUCCAAAACAUAUUUUAAAUAAGUUUUUACUUUUUUCUUCCAUAACUUUGCAGAAUGCUACAAAGGUUGGAUUGAAAAGCUCACUGAUUUUGUUACACAACAGUGCAAGCAGUGCUGAAUUUAUAUUUUGAAAAGGAAAGGUGCUUCUAGGACUCAUAUCUACUGGGAGCUGAUCUCUUUCUUUGCUUAAGGAUCUUACCUGAAAGGGUAUGUUGGGGUUAGUUAUGAUUAAUCAAGGGGAUGCACAUGACACAUGUUGAAAGGGAUGCUUAUCUUCAACAAAUCCAGAGCUUUGAAAUAUUGGUUUUGGGGGCUCUUGCUCUUGGAAUUUUGGACUGCAACAUUUCCAAGUUGUGAUAAUGUAACUUGUUGUAGAAUAACAUUUAAUUAAUGUUACUGACGUUAUUUAUCUUAUACCCCCCUCCUCUAUGCUAAAAGGCACCAGUUAAAUUCUGCGGCAGGAUAAUUUUGACUGCUAGCAGCUUGAAAAUGUGUUUAACCAAAGUUUGCUAUUGUAACCUUCUUCUUUUUUUCUGUAUAAUGAAUCUGGUUUAUAAUCUCAUCUUAUCUGCACAGCUGUUGCAUGCCGUGCUGAGAACAGUACUACUAAACUGAUAAGGGCCUUUCAGCAAUUUUAUCGUGUUGUUGAGGGAAUAUUUGGUUUCUGGGGUUUUCUUAAUCAUUCUAUUACCCGUGUCCUCUUUUGAAGAAUACUGUGUGAACUGUAACUGAUUUCAGAACCAUAGAAAUCUAAUCACAGGGUAUGUUUAUAAGUGUCCCAGUGCUCAGAUGAUAUCUCUUAUGAGCAAAAAAUCAAAGCAUACUGUAAAUUUGAGGUUAACAAGACCUCUGUUUUGCUUGUACAAGUACAAAAUCUGCCCAAAAAGAUAGAGAGGUUGGUAGAAACAGUAGGGAUCUCUUGUGCCUUGCCUGUGACCUUCUGACUUGGUGAUAGAGCUCAUCUGAGGCCUUAAGUCAAGUGAGCUGAAGGAAUAUGAUUGUCCUUUUCUUUUGCUCCAAAUUAUUGCAACUUUCCAAACUGAGACAAGACUGAAUGUAUCUUAUCUAUGAUCUAUCUAUCUAUUGGAAUGAUUGAGUCAGUGAGCAUUCUUCUUGUCAAAAAACCUAAAUAUUACUAGAAUGGCUUAGAUAUCCAUAUGAACUCUUUUUGACCUAUAUUAGGAUAGACAAACAGACAUGAUAUCAUUCUUAUCAGUUUAACCAGAAGAAAAAAAUCUGGUUUACUGAGUGAAAUCUAAAAGGCCUGGGAAAUAAAAAAGCCUUUGAUAUCUUGCUGAAAAAGCUUGAGUGUUUUUCUGGGGAAGAAAAUUGCAGGGGCAGGGUAUCAGUAUAACAAAACAAACAAACAAACAAAACAAA